ACAUAUCAAAUUAAUUGCUACAUUACACAUAUAUCUAUACUUAUACCAAUAGAAGAAGAACUUUUUUAUUAUCUUUACAAAUAUCUGCAAUGGGUACUCUCCAGCUUAGCAUCCAUGGCUUAGCUACUACAUCCUCAGUGCCUUGUAAAUUCAACUUCCGCAGCAGAAGCAGUACCACCCACCUCCGCUUCUCUACACCCAAAAUCCGAGCUGUUAGCACCGUCCCCGACAGCGAAUCCACCGCCAAGGACAAGGAGCCUGACGAGCCUCCCGCUGUUGACUUUGCAUUUGUUCAUUCUGUUUUGCUGCCAGAUGGUACCCCGGAUGUACAUUUUCGCAGGGCUUGUGGUGGGCAGAAACUUAGAGAUAUUAUGCUGGAUAAUAACAUGGAGUUGUAUGGACCAUAUGGUAGACCUCUGCUGAACUGUGCAGGAGGAGGGACCUGUGGAACUUGCAUGGUUGAGGUUGUAGAAGGGAAAGAGCUACUAACCCCUCGAACAGACAAAGAGAAAGAACAUCUAAAGAAGAAACCAAAAAACUGGAGAUUGGCCUGCCAAACAAUUGUUGGUAAACCAGAUUCAAAGGGCCUGCUGGUGAUUCAACAACUGCCUGAAUGGAAAGCACAUGAAUGGUCUUACGAAAAAAUUUUGCCUACAGAGGAGCCCUAAACACCAUCUUUUUUGUUUGCACUUACUGUACAAAAAAUUCUUUCAAGUAGCCAUCUUAAGAUCAUGAUAAAGUGUUGUUACCAUGAUGCUCACUUUUUACAAUUAUAUGUUUAAUCAAGAGGUGUGAGAAUUUACAUGAAGAA